AAAAAUAUUAAGUUCAUUAUUCAAUAUUAUUUUUCUAAAAAUAUUUUUCACUUAUUUAUCAUGAUAUUCCUUUUUAAUAUGAUCAUAGUAACUAUCAUCUUUUUACAUUAUAUUAAAGAAUUUCCAAUCAUAUAUCAAGUCAAUGAAAAAUUUUUAAAUAUAUCUAAUCAUACUACUUUAAUUGAUAAAUUCAAUCAUAAAAAUUCUAAAAAUUAUUAUGAUUAUUUUAAAACAUUCAAUAGAAAUUCUAUUGAAACUAUAUUAGCACCAUUAAAUCAUUGUGAUAUAAAAAUGAAUAAUAAUAAUAAUAAUUUAACACAUAUUAUUAUAUUUAUUGGCUGCAAUUAAACACAACUCAAUUUCGUAAAUGUGCGUUUCAGCUUAGCAACCAAUCAGAAUGAGGCGGGAAUUAUUACAUCCGCCAUCUUCGUAAGCAAUGGCGGUCGGCUUUCUUCGUUCUGUGCUUCUUUCAGCUAUUUCUUUUGUGUAGCUGUGUAAUUUAAUGUCUCAGUGUGCUAAAAUGCCGCAGUUAGUGUAAUGUUCUAUAUGUUGGUGUGAUGUUUAUUUCGAAUCAGCGAUGUUUUCUGGGUUUUUGCUGCUUCUACUCAAGUCAAUGUAUUUCUUCAGGCAAUCUGACUAGUAUUGUGUUAUAAAAUGUCG